UACGUUCUCGUUAGUAAAAUUUCGAGUGCCUGAGUUGUGUGAUUCUAGCCAUAAACAACUCGAUUUUACACUGGUUAAUUAGCUUUAGCUGGGCUAAUUUUGAUAUGGCAAGAGGUAGAGAGCCAAUGAAGGUAGUGAUCAUCAACACCAAGUAUGUAGAGACAGAUGCUGCAAGCUUUAAGUCCGUGGUACAAGAGCUGACCGGUAAAGAUUCAGGAGUUAUGAGCAAUUCAUCAAAACCGAAAAGCCGGUUUUAUCACGAGCAGAUGAACAAGAAAGAAGAAGGGAUUCCCCCAGAGGCUGGAAGUUCUACAUCAGGCGAUUCGGUUUUGAUGAAAAAUUUGUCAUUCAUGGAAUUCGAGAGAUUGCUAAAGGAGAUGCCUCCUGGGGACAAUUUUUUAUGGAAUGUGGAAUGAAUUAUAAGUCGUUUGAUUACAUUAUUUGUGGUCUCCCAAUUUGAUUUGAUAAUUGUUCAUCAGCUCAACUGGUUCAUCAAAGGGCUAAAAUGUUGGAAAUGGAAGCAUAUAUCU